AUGACCUGGUCCACCAAUGACUACACAAAGGACGAGCUAUUUGAGCAAGCUAAGUCGCUAAAGGAGUGGGUGGCCCGGGAGGUGACAACACUGGCCCUCAUUGAGGACGACCGUAAAGACAAGGCCUGGGCGGACAUACGGUUCCUGAGGCACGGGGAGGUUAGGGUGAGCCAACUCGUACAGGAACUGGAGGUGGCCGAGGAAAAGGAGCGCAUAAGGGAACUGUCGUUCGAACUCUACUACAUGCAGUUGGGGCUGACGGAGGAGCUCAUGAAACUGGUCAGCUUCACACCGGCGCCCACCACUGAACCCCCACCCCUCGCCCCGCAAUAA